UGGAGUCCACUUUCUGAUGAAGAUGCGUCUCAUCUCAGUUUUCGUUCUUUUGUGGACGGGGCUGACAGUAAACAGCGAGAAACACUCCCUCAUGUACAUCUACACCGGCUUCUCCAAACCUGUUGGACUUCCAGGCAUCCAUGAGUUCACAGCUAUGGGUCUGCUGAACGGCAGGAUGAUCGACUACUAUGACAGUGAUAUCCAGAGAAAAGUUCACAAGCAGGACUGGAUGAAAGAGCGACUUCAUGCAGACUACUGGGAGAAAGGCACACAGUCCCGUCUGAUCAAGCAGCAGUGGUUCAAAGACAACAUCGACACCCUGAUAAAACGAAUGAAUCAGACCAACGAUGAUCUCCAUGUUCUUCAAUGGAUGGUCGGCUGUGUGGGUGAAACAUGGUCUCAUGGCACAAUUAAGUUUUUCCGUGGUGUGUACAUGUACAACUAUGAUGCACGAAACUUCCUGUCCUUUGAUGACGCCCGCUCGGUCUGGGUUGCUACCGCUGAUAUAGCAGUCCCAACAAAGAGAAAGUGGGAUCCUGACCAGGACCUAAAAGAAAAGACCAAAGGCUACCUGGAGAAGGAGUGUAUCGAUUGGUUGGACAAGUUCAAGGUAUAUGGGAAAAAACAGAUGGAAGCUGCCCCUCCACCAGAUGUCUACAUAUUCACUAAGAAAACCAGAAUUGAGUCAAACCUCAUGUUGAGCUGCCUGGCCACAGGUUUCUACCCAAAAGACAUCAUCCUUAACAUCAAAAGGAACGACCGCAUUCUGACUAGAGAGGACGGGUUGAUCUCCUCAGGCGUUCGACCAAAUGGAGACGAUACCUUCCAAAGAAGAGACAGUGUGGAGAUUUUAAAGGGUGACAUCGCUUCAUUCACAUGUGAAGUCAUUCACAAAGCAUCCAGACUGUUUGUUGAGAAGUCUUGGAAUCAUAAAGUUACUGAUGAAGAAAACAACAUGAGUAUUAUUGGUGGGGAGAUUGGGGGCCCGCUCUUUGUUGUGGUACUCGUGGCUGUAGUACUGGUGGUGUUGAAGAAAAGAAGGAGACUUGGAAGUGUCGCUGCCGCCGGGAAACGGCGAUGCGACCGCCGAGCAGCAGCCGGGGAAGAGGCGAGUUGUUCCGGGGAGAAGAAGCAGAAAGAUGGCUGCAGCUAA